AUGUCUUCUACUUCGUCACAGCCGCCAACCUCCAUCCUCCUCCUCGGCGCCGGCGAACUGGGCACCGCCAUCCUCACCUCCCUCGCCGCGCACCCGUCUCUCGCCUCAACCCAGCUAACCGUCGCCCUGCGGCCUUCCACCGUCACCUCCUCCUCAUCACGCCUCGAAGCCCUCCGUGCCGUCGCCCCGCCAGCCCGCCAGCAAAGUAACCCCAUCGCCUUCGCGCCGCUCGACCUGGCCGCUCCCACCGCUGAAGCCGACCUGACCGCCCUCAUCCUCAACGGCGGGCAGCGCUUCGACACCGUCAUCUGCUGCACCGGCUUCGCCACCAGCGGCUCCGGCACCGCAACCAGCGGCACGCAGACGCUGAUCGCACGGGCCGUCCUCGCCGCCGCCGCAUCCUCCUCAUCCUCCUCCUCCACCCAACGCCGCCGCCUCCGCUUCUUCCCCUGGCAAUUCGGCGCCGACUACGACGCGACGGGGCCAGACGCCGCGCACGGCAUAAUGGCCGAGCAAUGCGGCGUGCGGACGCUGCUGCGCGAACGCGCCGCCGCAGCAAAUCUCGACUGGACCAUCGUCAGCACCGGCAUGUUCAUGAGCUUCGUGUUCGAGGAGUGGUUCGGCGUCGUCGUGGGGUUGGGCGCGGCGCUCAAGGCCGGCGGCCCGGAGCCGCUGAGCGACGAGGGCAGCAGGGUCAUUGCCCGGUGUCUGGGCAGCUGGGAGACGCGCGUCACGCUGACGGAUGUGCGGGACAUCGGGGCCGUGGUUGCGGAGCUGGUGGCGGCGCCGCCGCAGCAGCAACAGUCGAAGGGUGAGGAUGAUGCGGGUAGUAUCGUGUUUGCGGCGGGGCAGACGGUGUCGUAUGCGGAGCUGGCGGAUGUCGUGCAGAAGGUGGUGGGGAGGAGGGCGAAGGUGCAGAGGGAGGAGUGGAGUCUGGAGUACUUGCGGGCGGAGCUGGAGAAGAAUCCGGAGGAUCAGACGAUAAAGUAUCGGGUUUUGUUUGGAGAGGGGAAGGGCGUGGCCUGGGAUAAGGAAAAGACCAUAAAUGCGGAGCGAAACAUCGAGUCCAUGGGAGUGGAGCAGUGGUUGAGGGAGAAGCUUAGCAUGUGA